AUGUGUGGGUGGUCGCGCGGCGCGGCGGCGGGACGUAUGCAGGCCUGGCGCGUGCACGCGUACGGCGCGGGCGAGCUGCGCCUGGAGAGCGCGCGCGUGCCGGCGCUACGCGCGCCUGACGACGUGCUCGUGCGCGUGCACGCCACCUCGCUUAAUCCUCUGGAUGUCGCUAUGAUUGGUGGGUAUGGAGCCACAAUUCUAAACAUACUGCGCAAGCUGGAAGGGUCCGACGUGGAGUUCCCUCUGGUUGUGGGGCGCGACUUCGCGGGUGAGGUGGCGCUGGCGGGCGCGGGCGCGCGGCUGCGGCGCGGCGCGCGCGUGUGGGGUGUGGUGCCGCCGCAGCGCGCCGGCGCGCACGCGCAGUACGUGCUCGUCAAGGACCGCUGGUUGGGUCCGGCGCCGAGCGCGCUGAGCACGUAUCAGGCGGGCGGCGCGCUGUACGCGGCGCUGUCGGCGUGCGCGGCGCUGCGCGUGGCGGCGCCGGGCGGGCGCUGGCGCGGCGCGCGCGUGCUGCUGCUGGGGCUGGGCGGCGUCGGGCACGCCGCGCUGCAGCUGCUCGUGCACCGCGGCGCGCAGGUUGUCGUGGGUUGUUCGGGGGAUCUGUGCCAGACGGCGACGUCGCUAGGUGCAGUGGCGGCGCUGGACCGACACUCGCCCGACUACGACCGUCUCCUCGAGGAGGCCGGCCCGUACGAGGUGAUCGUGGACUGCGCGGGGCUGGGCGGCGAGGCGGCGGGCGCGCGGCGCUGGCGGUUCGCGCGCUACGUGACGCUGAGCUCGCCGCUGCUGCGCGAGGCGGACGCGCGCGGCGCCGCGGCGGGCGCGCUGGCGGCGGCGGCGGCGCUCGCGCGGCAGUGCGCGGGCGCCGCGCGCGCCGCGCCCGCCGCCGCCUGCCCGCCGCCGCACGUGCGCUGGGCGUACUUCGUGCCGUGCGCGGCCGACAUCGAGAUGCUGCGCCGGCUCGCCGACCAAGGGAAGUUCACGGUGGCGGUGGAACGCGCGUACGCGUGGCGGCGCGGCGCGGAGGCGUACGCGCGCGCGGCGGCGGGCGGCGGCCGCGGCAAACUGCUGCUGGACUUCACCGACGACGGCGCGCCCGACACUGAACGCGGC